AGAAUUUACAUCAAGAAAAUGGCUGCAUUUCAUUCUCCUUCCACUGGGAUUGUAUUGUUUUUGCUCGUCAGUUCAUCGGUGGCCACCUUAUCCGAUGGUAACUUUUACCAAAGUUGCGACGUCGUUUGGGGACAUGGCAUGAUUCAGGAAGGUGGCCAACUGCUUACUUUGUCCCUGGACAAAACCUCGGGUUCUGGAUUCCAAUCCAAGGAUGAGUACCUAGUUGGAAAGAUUGAGAUGCAGCUCAAGCUUGUCCCUGGCAAUUCAGCCGGCACUGUAACUACCUAUUAUGUAAGUCUUUACCUUAUUCUAUUCCUCGAUGAGAUAGAUUUUGAAUUCCUGGGGAACUUGAGUGGACAAGCUUACAUUCUCCAUACCAAUGUAUUCAGCCAAGGCAAGGUUAAUAGAGAGCAGCAAUUCUACCUAUGGUUUGACCCCACUGCAGAUUUCCAUACCUAUUCCAUCCUUUGGAACCCCCAGCGCAUUGUAUUCUAUGUGGAUGACAUCCCCAUUAGAGAGUUCAAGAACCUGGAGUUCCUCGGCGUUCCGUUUCCAAAGAAUCAGAAAAUGAGGUUGUAUUCUACGCUAUGGAAUGCCGAUGACUGGGCAACUACAGGCGGGAUUGUCAAGACAGAUUGGAGUCAAACCCCCUUUAAAGCUUCCUAUAGGAAAUUCGAGGCUGAUGCUUGCGUCUGGUCAUCUGGUUCAUCCUAUUGCAGCCCACACAAAGACGCAUGGUUUUGGGAAGAGCUUAACUUUGGAAAGAAAGGGCGGAGGAAAUGGGUGCAGGAGAAUUACAAGAUUUAUGAUUACUGCAAAGACACAAAGCGAUUCCCCCAAGGCCUUCCCACAGAAUGCGCCUUUUCCAAUUUACUCUAA